AGGAAGCCGCCUGCAGACGCCAGUCUGACGGUUGGAGGUGUUUCAAUUGCCAUCAAGCAAUCGAUGCGCUACCUGGGCAUCGUUCUUGAUGGCAGAUGGAACUUCGGCGCCCACUUCGCGGAAUUAGCGCCGCGCGUGACGACGGCGGCCGGAGCGCUGACUCGGCUCAUGCCGAAUCUGGGAGGUCCAGAAGCGUCCUGCAGGCGCUUGUACAUGGGGGUCGUGCGAUCAAUAGCCCUUUACGGGGCCCCCGUAUGGGCGGAUGCGCUCUCUCGCCAAAACCUCGCCUCCCUGCGGAGGCCACAGAGGCUGAUGGCGACGAGAGCCGCAAGGGGAUAUCGCACGAUCUCCUUUGAGGCAGCGUCUGUGCUGGCCGGUUCCAUUCCCUGGGACCUAGAGGCGAAAACCCUCGCGUCGCUGUUCUUCUGGCGCGAGGAGGCCGUGGCCCAGGGUCACCGGUUAGCACCGAGGGAGAUCGCAGGACGCCGCAAUGAGCUGUGUCAGCGCUCCAUUGAAGAGUGGUCCCAAAGGCUGGAGCAGCCGACUGCUGGGCGUAGAACCGUCGAGGCGGUCCGUCCGGUGUUGGGACAGUGGUUGGCGAGGCAGCACGGUAGCCUGACUUACCGUCUGACCCAGAUGCUCUCCGGACAUGGUUGUUUCGGAGGGUAUCUGUGUCUGAUCGGUCGGGAGCCGUCUGCUGUCUGCCACCACUGUGACGGAUGUGCUGACGAGGACGCCCAGCACACCUUGGAGGUUUGCCCAGCCUGGGACCAAGACCGUGCGGAGCUUCGCGCGGUCGUGGGGGACGACCUUUCUCUGCCGGCUGUCGUGAGACAGAUGGUCGACAGCGAGAGGUCGUGGACAGCAGUGCAGACCUUUGCGGAGAGCGUCAUGCUCCGCAAAGAGGCGGCGGAAAGGGUGAGAGAGGACACGUCCGACCUCCCCAUACGCCGCCGGCGCACUGGGCGCAGGAGGCGGGCAUACGCCCUGCACCUGCUGCCCCCACAAUAA